CACCUGCAGACAGAGGGAACAAGCAACACAGACACAGCAAGAGACGGAACGGAAAGGAAAGGGGAAGCCUACUUCUUCACUUCCAGUAAAGGGCAGCUAACACUAGCUUGGUGUUUGUCGCUGGUACAAUACUGGGAGCCUAAAUUCGUUUGACAGACAAAAACAACAGAAAGCAUACAGGUGUUGGAGAUCUGACGAUGAAACAUUCUCUCUGUGAAUAAACAAGGUGUAAAGCCCUGUUUGAGUGUUUGACCCAGAGAAUCGUGGAAGAGAACGACGGGGUGUGUAACUCUAGAGGAGGAGCAGCGAGCCAGAGAGCCGAGGCUAGCUUCAAGCAGGCCUUAUCUGUUCUACAGCAGCCUCUUUUCCACUGCAGCUGAAGAAAAGGAGAAGAACGAGCAAGAUGGGCUCCAGUUCCUCAGCCUACGCCCCCCGAACCAUCCAUCUGGACGUGGAAGGGAAGGUGCAGAAGGUGAUGUUCAGCCGACACUGCAGUCCAUGUGACAUCAAGGAGCUGCUGUGUUCAUCUUCUAAUAUCCCCAGAAACACGGCAAUAAUGCUGGUGGACCGAGAAGGAGCCAUCAUUUCCAUUGACCCUACAAUGCCAUCGAAUUCCCGCAGUAGUCUGUACAAAGUCAUCCCUUUAUCGACUGGUCAGCUGGGAGAGAAAGAGGACAUGUUUCAGAACGUCCUGUCCCAGGUGGCUGAGCAGUUCAGCAGAGCCUUUAGGAUCAACGAGCUGAAGACAGAGGUGACGAACAGACUGGCCAUGCUAGAGAAGAGAGUGGAGUUGGAGGGUCUGAAGGUGGUGGAGAUUGAGAAGUGUAAGAACGACUUGAAGAAGCUCAGGGAUGAAAUGACUUCCAGAGGCAGCAGAGUGAACUGCCCUUGUAAGUAUAACUUCCCUGAUGAUGGCAAGAAGAUGACACCCCGGAGGGAUGUCCCCAGCUAUCCCAAGUACACUCUGUCCCAGGAGACCAUCGAGGCUCUGAAGAAGCCUACCUUUGAUGUGUGGCACUGGGAACACAAUGAGAUGCUGAGCUGUCUGGAGUAUAUGUAUCAUGAUCUGGGCCUGGUAAAGGAGUUCAACAUGAACCCAAUCACACUAAAACGCUGGCUGCUGAGCAUUCAGGAGAACUACCGCAGCAACCCCUUCCACAACUUCCGUCACUGCUUCUGCGUCAGCCAGAUGAUGUACGGCAUGAUUCACCUGUGCAACCUGCAGGAGAAGCUGACCCAGACGGACAUGGGGAUUCUCAUGACUGCAGCAGUGUGCCAUGACCUGGAUCACCCCGGCUACAAUAACACGUAUCAGAUCAAUGCGCGCACGGAGCUGGCUGUCCGUUACAAUGACAUCUCUCCACUGGAGAACCACCACUGCGCUGUGGCCUUCCAAAUCCUCACCCAGCCAGAGUGCAACAUCUUUGGCAACGUGGACCCCGAGGUCUUCAAGCAGAUCAGACAGGCCAUCAUCACCCUGGUCCUAGCCACUGACAUGGCCCGUCACGGAGAGAUACUAGACUCUUUCAAACAGAAAGUGGACAACUUUGAUUUUACAAACGAGGAGCAUGUGACCUGUUUGAAGAUGGUGCUGAUUAAGUGCUGUGACAUCUCCAAUGAGGUCCGACCCACAGAGGUGGCAGAGCCCUGGGUGGACUGCCUGCUGGAGGAGUAUUUCAUGCAGAGUGACCGGGAGAAGUCAGAAGGGCUCCCAGUAGCUCCCUUCAUGGACCGGGACAAAGUCACCAAGCCCACGGCUCAGAUCGGCUUCAUCAAAUUCGUCCUGAUCCCCAUGUUUGAAACGGUCAUGAAGCUGUUCCCUCAGAUCGAGGAGAUCAUGGUGCAACCGCUGCGAGACUCCCGUGAUCACUACGAGGAGCUGAAGCAAAUCGACGAUGCCAUGACCGAGGAGGCACAGAAGAAAAAAACUGAAAAUAUGUCACUAGGAGGAAAGAAGAAGUAGGAAAGCCCGCGCCAGCGUGGUAUUCUGGAUUGUGGUUGCACGUUCGAUUUGGGAAUCUCAACAGACCUUCCAACUGAGGCUUGCGCUGUGGGAUUGAGUCUUCCUUCACGAGCCUCUCACAGCAGUGGUCGGAGAGUUUCACAGCCCAGCGGAUUUGUUUUUACAAAAGGAUUUUGGAAUUAGUUAUUGGUAAUGCUUCAUUCUAGGUAGCAUUAGUUACACAAUAAAGAAACCCUGAAAGAGCCAACUUCCCACCGUUUCGGUGUGUUUAACAUGCCUUUGUCAAGGGAGAGCGUGUUUGAAAACAAACUGGAGGUACUUGUAGGCUUUGAUGCCAUGGCAACAAUACUAACUUAUAUUUAUUUAAAUCUGUUAAUGUGUUUGUGAUAUCAUUUACUACAUAAUCAAUGAUCUACUAUUCCUUUCUGUUUAAAUCGUCAGGUAUAUAUAUAUGGCCAAAAGUUUUGCAUCACCCUAUAGAAUUAUCAAAUUUUGCUUCAUAAAGUCAAAUGAAACCAGCUGAAUAAUGGCCUACUGCAUUACAUACUACUUUGUAGUUUUCCAUAUACUUAAAGAAAAACUGACAAAAAAUGAAACAUUUCAAAAUCUAACAUGAAAUACUGUACAACUAUUAUGGUUUCCGGUAGACUUUUGCCAUAUCAUUUUGUAGUUUCUUUGAUUACAUGAUGUUAAAUAAAAGAUCUAAAUUAUGUUCAUAGAUAUAUCUUUUUUUAAUUAUGUCUUAAUUCUAAAAUCCUAGGGGAUGCAAAGCUUUUGGCCAUAGCUGUAUAUAUGUAUGUAUGUAUGUAUAUAUAGGGAAUUCCUGGGUAACUGUAAAGCAAUUGCUGCAUAUAGGUGAAGGAGUCAUUGUAGAACUCAGAACUGUUUUGUUUCACUUUCUGUAUCAAUACUUAGGACACAUCAGCUUUGAAUGUAUUUAUGUACGAUGAAAUCUGAAUUAACCCGUGGUCACCAAAGAUACUGAAAAUGCAUGUCCACUAGAGAUCAGUGGCAGCUCAUCCAUGACUCAGUGUUGUUUCAUGGAACACCAUUCCCAGUCAGGUCACUGCUGAGUAGUUAGACAUACUCCCUUGAACUUAUUAUUUUAUUUUACAGAAAUUUUGUGCCUAUCGAUGGCCUAAAGCAAGAAAUAUAAAAGUAAAAAGCUUUCUUCAGUCAGUUUUCACUUCAUCAGCUCGCCCUUUCAUUUCAAACAGGUUUGAUAACUUUACAAGCACCUCUGAAGGCACAACAAUCAUUUAUUGAGACCAAAAACCUGACUUAGGCCUCAGUUGGUUCAAAGUUUAUGGCACUGCCAUAGUUAUGCUGAAUAAUGGUCAUGGCAGCGCCAUACUUGUGAUUUGAUCCAGGCCUUAGCCAAUUUUUGCUUUAGGCAAUCGCUUUCAACCUGUAGUCUAGCACACCUAGCGUGUUUAUAAUGUUGUACUUUAAGCAUAUUUUUAGUUGUAUCAGGAUUAUUUCACUAUUUUUGUGCACAUGUUUGAGAAAAAAAAAGUUUGAUAUUGCAUUUUUAAAAGUGACAUAGACUGUAUAUUAUACUUGUAUCCCACAUCGAAAUAGAACAAUGCUGUUAGGAAUUUCUUUAAUGAUGUAUCAUUUUUUUCUCUUAUAUACUAGAGCUGUAUAAAUCAAUAAAACGAUAAAUAUCUUGAUAUCAUUUAAGGA